AUGGCACCCUCAACCUUUCAUAAAUUCCCAGAACUGCCCCCCGAAAUCCAGCUGCAGGUAUGGGAAUCCUCAUUUCGCUCACCCAAAGCCAUUCCCGGUGGUCUGCACUACAUCGGCCUUGACCAUGGCGGAUUUCCGGUUCCACUGGAUAAAACCGCCAAAGACGAAUUCCAGAGAGCAAGGUCAGGUUACGAAUUGGAACAAGGUCUCUGGACGGCGUGCUGGGACUCCCGAGCAGCUGCAAUGAAGCAUCAGCUGCAGCAAGACGCCGAAUCUAGCUACUCUGAUGUACUUAACCCUACCACUUUGGAGUUCGCCUUGAGGGGCCGCGAAUCGUACGCGGGGAGAGAGCCUGUAUCAAUAAUUCCUCCUAUUGAUGAAGGACAGGAACAGAAAAUGGUCAUCUAUCCCUCGCAAGAUAUUUUCUGUGUCGCAUUAAACAGGGCAGGGCGAGCUGCGUGCUGUGGGAACUAUUACCCACUCCGAAAAUUCAAAAGACUCGCCUUCGAAUUCAAGCCUUCUUGGAACAUCCAGCUAUCACAGCAUGACAACUACUACCCCAUAAAAAAGUUCCUUCCUUCGCUGGCUUUUAUGCUCAGGCUGGUCUUCGAGGCAGCACAUACCAGGCAUUUCACCACGCCAACCAUCAGGCUUAUCGACAGGAAUGCUCGAUGGAUAAACGAUGACACGACACAACUUGGUCUUGACACAUUUUAUGACCGUGAUCACAAAUAUGUAGAGAUUAGCAUGAAACCUGGCUCAUCUUCUGCACAGAUCCUUUGUCAUAGCCCUGUUCUCGAAUUCUUCGACCAUCUGGACAGACUGCUAGAGGACAAGCUGAGCAAGCUCCAGAAUUUGAGCUCUUCUCAUCUCUACCAUAUGCCAAAAUUCGUUUUAAGGGACUAUUUUUCUAUCAUAACUUUGCGGCAAAAUGAAGCCGGAGCUGCAAAGGAGUGA